UGUGGAUACAAUUGCACCUCGACCGAUUUUGUAAAGGAUGUGUCGUUGAUCGAUCGUCGCUCGGACUAUCUGUAUACACUCAACCUUAGCACUGGGCUUAUAUACGUGUUUCCCUGCACUCGACAUACAUUUGACACGAACCUUGUUCAAGCAUCAUGGCAACAGUCGUGGUACAGCAACAGCAACAGACACUGCGGCACGCAACCCCCCCACCCACGGGGAUUUCGCCAGCACUGAGUCUGAACAGAAACCCUUCGCCGAUUCCAAACAAACAUCUGCCUAUCUGUCCUGCGGGUCCUACCCCAGUCAUAUCUCAAAAUGCAUCCCUGUUUCACAAGGAGGAAGUUACAGACCAGACAUCUUCCCUUCUAUAUCCACCAGAUAAGUAUAAACAGCUGUCGAGCUCGCCUGCGGUGUAUUCGAUAGAUGCAGUUGGUUUAGAAUCAGCCCUGGACCAUUGGGCUUCCCAGCCGCUCCCAGACCCUAGCAAAGUCUUCCCCUGGCUACACGGACUCCAUCCCGAAAACCAUUUACAGUUGGGGUUUUUCACAAACCGGAAACGCUCUCUUCGUCGGAUCCCCAGAGUUUGGCGAGGCAUUACUAUUAUCAAAGUUGGCGGGGAUCUAAUUAGCGGGAGGCUGAAAGGAGCGAUAUCUCUCGAUGAGGUCAUUGCCCCAUCAAGUACAGAAUUCCUUGCGGUUGAUCCUCGGGAAGGGUUCUCUGUGCGCAACUUUCAGAUUCAGACUGCGAAAUUAGCUCCGCUGUCCGACAUUGUCAUCUAUGGAGAGGAUGGCGUUACCCGAAAACAGCUACUAGACGUGGCAGGAAGAGUCGCAGCUGCACAACAUCGUUGGAGAGCCAAGAAUGAUCCGGAACAGGUUUUACCGGUCUACAAUACAUUUAUCCUCUCAUCUACUUUUUCCGAAGUCGAACAACGUGCCCCGAGCAUCGUUGCCAUUAACGCCCGCGGACAACUCACUGGCCAAACUAUGGAUUUCUUUCAAUGGGAACGUUGGGAAAUGUGUGACAUGUCCCGGGCUUCUGAGAUUUCAACCAAUGUUUGGCAAGGGCCAACUCCGGAUUAUUUAUUACGUCCUGGGACUUGCGAGUCUACAACUGGGGAGUAUUUUGAUCUUUUAAUCGAGGCCAGCGACUUUGCGAGCCUCCCAGGUCCUCGAUUCCUGGCGAAACUGAAUAAGCAGCUUGAUGAUGGCCCCCAGCGGCUGGAGUUCCCUUCGUCUGGGUCUAUUCUUCCGCCAUCAGGUGAUGAUAGGGAGGUGGAUGAUCUCGUGAAUACCGUGCGGUGGCUCUAUUACUUAGCAAACCCAGACGAACCAGAAAACCGGCCGGAUGCCGACGGGGACAUUGCCAUGGAUCAUAUUGCCAAGAAGCCUCGCAAGAUACUUAUCCACUGCCCAGAUGGUUAUACAGAAAGUUCACUGCUGGUCAUUGCCUACGUGAUGUUUGCCGAGGGCGUGACAGCGCCCGACGCGUGGCUUAAACUUCACUGCGACCAAAAGCGGAACUUCUUUGCCUACCCGUCUGAUGUCACGUUUCUAAGCGCAGUACAGGCGAGGUUAUUGCACGAAAGCCCUGCGACACCAGUAGGCAGCCUCACCGGGAUCGCUGAUCCUCACUGGUUCAAGUAUUUCGAUGGUUCGCUCCCCAGUCGGAUUCUGCCAUAUAUGUAUCUUGGCAAUCUAUCACACGCAAAUAACCCAGAGAUGCUGUGGGCUCUUGGCAUCAGGCGUAUCCUGAGUGUUGGCGAGUCGGUUACCUGGACCAAUUCCGACGUAGCCAAGUUCGGCGCAGAAAAUAUUAUGCACGUUACCCAGGUUCAAGACAAUGGCAUAGACCCAUUAACUCAGGAACUUGAGCGUUGCUUGGAUUUCAUUCGCAAAGGCAAAAAGGAUGGAAUGGCUACGUUAGUCCAUUGUCGAGUAGGGGUUUCGCGAUCAGCGACCAUCUGCAUAGCCGAAGUUAUGGCAUCAUUAGGCCUUUCGUUCCCAAGAGCAUAUUGUUUUGUUCGCGCACGACGGCUUAAUGUUAUCAUCCAGCCACAUCUGCGUUUUGUCUAUGAACUCCUGAAAUGGGAAGAACUGCAACUGCAGAGGCAGAACAAGGCUCCAAAGAGAGCACUUGAAUGGCCCACAGUGGCUCGUGAAAUUGCGCUGAUGAACAAACCAUACUCGAGAUAGGCAAACCUAAAGCGAAAUCUUGUUCUUCGAGUGCGAACGAUAAUUUUCGUCUCAUAGCAUUACGGUACAUUUAGCCGUGAUGCAGUGUUUUAACACCACUUGUCAUGAUACAGAAGUAAUCUGGUUUUUGAUAACGAUUGAUAUGUGUGGCAUGAAAGAUAAACGAAGGAAACGGCUGGACGAAUUAUGGAAUAUCUGGGUUAAUUUUCUUUUUGGGCGUUUAAAGGAUGCGAUCUACUCGAAUGAUGAUGUUACGUCUUGCAAUGCAUGCUACGAUGCUUGUCAUGUAUAUAAUCAUGCCUUCCUGGUCGGCGUUUGCCGUAUAAUAAUAUCCUUCGGCUGAAUUGGCUAUGUGUAUACUGUGCUUACCCGAGGCAGGUGACUAUCCAGAUCACCCUUGAUAUCAUUUCAUUGCGUUACGAUCCAUCUUCGACCAGCCGUUCUCACUUCGGAGUUUCCUUGGCGUCUUUAAU